AUGUUAUCUGGGCUCCUUGUUGCUAACUAUCAAAUGAUAGAAUACUCCGCCGGCCUUAAGCUAAAAUACCCUAAGAACCCAAUCUGCACUACCAUAACUCAAACAGUGGAACACCAGCUCUUCAUCUUUUCCAUGUCAAUACACUACUUCCUAAUACUUAACCGACAGGGGAAAAUCCGUCUCGCCAAAUGGUUUGAUAAUACCUUUAUGGACUCAGACAAGAAAGAAAUUGUGGAGGAUGUCCAUCGGCUAGUGUCUCUGCGGGAUCUGAAAUACCAAUCCAACUUUGUUGAGUUUAGGGGCAACAAGUUGGUUUAUAGGCGGUAUGCGGGGUUGUUUUUCAUCAUGCUGGUCGAUUAUGACGAUAACGAGCUUAGUUAUUUGGAGUCUGUUCAUUUUUUUGUCGAGAUUUUGGACACGUACUUUGACAAUGUGUGUGAGCUUGAUUUGGUGUUCAAUUUCUACAAAUUGUACCAGAUUCUUGACGAAAUAUACUUGGGAGGAGAACUUCUGGAAAUUCUGAAACAAAAGGUGGUGAGCCGGUUGACCCAGCUCGACGAACUAGCUACAUAA